GGCUUGUGUUUUGAUCCCGAAAAAUGACGUCACCCGGCGCAUGCGUAGUUAUGGGAUUCAAAACUGUUGCAGGAGCCCAAGUUAUGAUGGCCGUCGCGAUGGAGACUGACCACUUCCCUUACUUACCUUCGGGGCCGGACCAAGUCAAUCGGAUGAUCAAGGAGCACAGCAACCUGUUCACCGAUAACCUGUGCAGCAUCUGCAAUGCCGUCCUCAUCUCCGAGUCGCAGAAGCUGGCUCACUAUCAGAGUAAGAAACACGGCAACAAGGUGCGACGUUACUUUUCCAUUCAAAACGAGAAAGAGCCAGAGUCGAAAAAGUUCAAGUCUCCAUCUUCUGUCAGCUGCCACGCCGACAACGGCGAGUUGGACCCGAUGAAGACCUGCGACAUGUGCAAGAUGACCUUCACUUCGUCCGUGAUGGCGCAGUCGCAUUACCAGGGCAAAAUCCACGCCAAGACCCUGAAACUGAAAUCGGCAAACCCUCACACUUCAGUAGCCCAACAAGCCCCACCAGCUCCAUCCAAGAAGAAACCGGCGGAGGUUACUCCCCCGACUGGUAACGGCGGCCAGGAUGGCGACAAAGACCCCGACCGCUUCUGCUCCAUCUGCCAGGCGCCCUUCAACAACGCGCAGAUGGCCCAGCAGCACUACUCGGGCAAGAAGCACAAGAAGCACCUGGCCAAGCAGGACCUUAUGAAGCUCUACGGCCAGCCUGCCACACCGGCGUCCGCAGCCAAGGGCCUGCCGUGCACACUCUGCAACAUUGAGCUCAACUCGGUGGAUCAGUACCAGUCUCACAUCAGCGGCGCCAAACAUAAGAACCAAUUGAAAAAAAUUGGCCUGAGCCCGUCUGACAGCCAGCAGGGGCUUGCUCAGCAAAACAAGCCCAGCGACAGAGGCCACUCGUCGGCCGGCGAUGGCGGCGGCGGCGGCAACCAGCCCGGCAACGGCUCCUUCUGCUUUGGUACGUCGAGCAAGCGGGCAGCGUCCGGGGAGGAGCAGGAUUUUAUGACGGAAGACAACCUUUUUGAGACAGAAGACAACUUCUUUGGGACGGGAGGUGACAUUUUCUCCGCCACGGAUGACCAGUUUAAUGUCGACGACAGCUAGUGGGCUACUCUGGACACGCAGACCGGACUAUGGAGGACUGAGUCAGGACCCGGAACAAUAACAGAACCCACCCCAGCAUCUCAGCACCCCAGCCCAAAUGAAACAGCUUAUUACUGUCUGAGCCCCCCCCAAAAAAUGUGAAAGUUUUGUUCCAAAUUCUUUCUUGUCUCUAUGAAACAAACGCUUGUGACAGUCUCUCAGCAUGCCAUCAGUUGAGCAACAUUUGCCUUGAAAAAUGGCAGCGGUCUGAGCGGAGAAGCCCGAAACUCCACAUAUCAAACGUGUCGCAGCUUAGCUUUGGUUGCAUUGACAGUUGUGCAGAAUGCUUUUGUUUAUCUUGUUCUCACUUUAUUUUUUUUAUGAAAAUCCUUAAGUGGAAAAAAUGUCACUUUUCUAUCUUCCUGACAAUUUUAAGAAACAAAAGCAAAUUUCUGCUGGGUACACAAACGAUCUGCUCUCAAUCGUAAUCAGCCAACGCAGGAAGUCUCGCUGUGACUGAAAAAAAAAAAAUUGUUCCUGCCCAGCGCCUCUUCUUUAAUGUUUGACUUAUUUUUAUUCUGCUUUUGCAGUCAGUGACAAAUGAGUCCUGCAUUUCAAGUGAUGUCAAAAUAGGAACGUGAUGUCAGUGAGGAUCACCAAGUAAGUAUAGUUUCUUCUCCACCGGGUGGAUCUUUUUCUACCGGGCGGGUGUUUGUAGAAAAAAAUGAGAGAAACGCAGAGUGCUUUUAUUUUCAUUUUUGAAAUUAUGAUGCUGCACAGCUUGUUGUCAUCCUCGUUGGUGGUGAUGUUUUAGACAUUUUCCUUUCUGGUUAAGUUGCAAAUUGUGCAUCUGUUACAUGAAGAACAAAAAAACAUUUCUUCUCACA